GAGAAAUUGCCUUGUUGUCUAAUGAUUUUGGGAAUGACCAUUUUACGUACAAAUUAACUUAUAUACCAGCUCUAGGAGUAGUUAAAGCAUACUUUGUGCUUAAAGAUGGUACCGUGGCUAUACUCAGCGUCGUAGGUGUGAUGGGAAAACUUAGAAGCUGGAGCUAAGGAUGCCAGCGAUUUCUUGAAGUGGCAGUCAGAAAUGAAACAGAGAGAUCUGGAGGAGGAGCUGGCCGAGAUUGAACGGCGACGACUACAUGGCAAGCUCAGUCACGAGGAGGCCAUAUUAGCUCGACAGGAUCUCAUUCUGGAGAAUAAACAGAAAGUCAAAAGCAUGAAGGAGGAGACCAAGAAAAUGAUGCAGGAGUAUCUACAGAAGAAGUUUAGUGAAGAAAAAGAAAUCAGACAGCUUGUGGAGGACACCAUGCAGGGUCACAAAAAUGCAAAGGAGGCCACAAAGAAACUCCAGGAAUACAAACGAAAAAUAGUUCAGGAUGUCAACGAGGAAAGCAAAGAGCUGAUGAAGCAGGCUUUGGAAGAGGCGGAGGAAGAAAUGAGGAGACGGAUGGAGCUGAUCCACCAAAUCCGAGCAAUGGAGGCAGUGCCAAUAAUCCGACAGAAGUUUGUAGAUCUGACAGCCACGUCUGGACAUGGACUGCUCAGUGAGAUGUCCAUAGCAGAGCUGAGAGAAAGACUGUCCCUGUUCAAGACAGCAGAGAAGGAGUCGGAAGAACAAAGGAGGGACGAUAUUCUUGCUGCCAAACAGGCCAAAGACCAGAUGUUGCUCGAGACAUUAGAAACAAUAUCUAAACAUCGGCUGGAACAGACCAAGUCAGCAGCUGUCAGAUUUGAAUGCAGGAAAAAAGGCCUGAUUCCCAAGAAACCAGAAAUCAAGGACCCCAAGCUGCUGGAGCUUGAGAGGAAACUGGAGGAGAGGAAAGCUCAACGAAAGAAAGAGCAGGAGAAAGCUAAACUGGUCCCCAGCCGGCAAUCCAUGAACCAGACAAAGAAUCUUAUUAAUCAGAAGCGAGCGAUUGAGGAGAGUCGGUGGCGUGAGUUGGAGAUGACCCAGGAGCGGUCAGCCCGCCUGGUGGGAGACGGGGCGAUGAAGAGUCACUCUGCAUCACGACUAGCCACUUCAUCAGCCAUCAUGGCGUCCUAGUCUUCACACGUCGUGCCGGGAUUUUAUACACUACUGAAGAAAUUAGAAAUUCGUUGUGAUAUUUCAUCAUGGCAACAAAUUUUCAAACAAGUUUUUUUUGGCAAUGUAGCAGAAUUUGAACAGUCUCUGGACUGCUGUUUGCUUGAUUUGCCAGAGUUAUCAUAUUGCUGAAGUAAACGUCAGCAUUUCUGAGGAGGAAGAAGAUGCGAAUUCUAUGACUUACGUGUAUUGUUUUAUAUUUAUGUUUGAUGUCUUUUGAAUUAUUUUGUAUAUGUUAUCUGUGUAUGUAAAUAAACCUGUUGAA